AUGGGUCAAGGCUACUCCAUGACCACGCUUUCCGCGGCAUCCGCCAGCAUUGAUGUCCCUGAACUUGCGGACCUGGUGCACGAGAAGACCUUGGCCUCGGCGCGUUUUAUGAAAAGCGUCCGCGCGAGAAGUCAGCAGGGCUUCGUGUUCGUCAAAGCGGUCAUGAAGCCAUAUUCGUCUUUCCAGGUCCACGAGUACAUUCGGCAACUUAUAGAAGAGAGAAACAUUCUGGCCGAUAUCCCCAAUGCUCUGGGCUAUCAACGAAUCAUCGAGGUUCCUAGCGGUGGCUUCCUCGUCCGUCAGUACAUGUUCAGCUCAGUAUACGAUCGGAUGAGCACCCGGCCAUUUUUGGAGGAUAUCGAAAAGAAAUGGCUGGCCUUCCAGCUCCUCUGCGCCAUUCGUGAUUGCCACGCACGCAACGUAUACCACGGCGACAUCAAGACUGAAAACGUUCUCGUCACUUCGUGGAACUGGCUCUAUCUCACCGACUUUUCCUCCUCAUUUAAGCCUGUCAAUCUGCCAGAAGACAACCCAGCCGACUUCUCAUUCUAUUUCGACACUUCGUCGCGACGGACGUGCUACAUCGCUCCAGAACGAUUCACUUCGGACAAUCUGGAAGAGGCGCAAGGGGAACUGAAUUGGGCCAUGGAUAUUUUCAGCGUUGGGUGUGUGAUUGCCGAAAUCUUUCUAGAAGGGCCCAUCUUUUCUCUGAGUCACCUGUUCAAAUACCGAUCAGGAGAUUAUAGCCCCGAGCAUACCCAUCUCAACAAGAUCGAAGACCCUGAAGUGCGCGCAAUGAUUCUCAACAUGAUUGAGCUGGAUCCAGAGAAGCGCUACAAUGCAGAACAGCAUCUCUCCUUCUACCGAUCCAAGAUCUUUCCUGAGUACUUUUACAGCUUUCUUCAUCAAUAUAUGCUCAACCUCACCAAGCCUGCUACCGCUCUGAAGCCAGUGGAACUGAAUCUUGGGAGCCUGAGCGAAUUCGACGAGAAGAUUGAACGAGUCUAUUAUGACUUUGACAAGAUCUCCUUCUUUCUCGGCUAUGGUCCAAGUUCCACAAAACUGUCUUCGCGGUCGCCGUUGACCAUGAAGUCCAACAAUAAAGUCAAGCCUCCGGAUGCAGAUCCUAGUCUUUACGAUGGUAGCCUACUCUUCCUCACUCUAGUCGAGUCCAGUUUGAGGAACACAGCAAAGGCAUCAGCACGACUCAAGGCAUGUGACCUUUUGGUUGCUUUUGCUGAACGACUUCCGGAUGAGGCAAAAUUGGAUCGCAUCCUGCCGUACAUCGUUGGAUUGGUCGCGGAUCCAUCGGACGUGGUCAGGGCUGCAGCAAUUUACGCAAUGACCUCGAUUUUCGAAAUGAUUGAAGUUGUCUCCCCCAUCAAUGCAUAUAUCUUUCCGGAGUAUAUCCUACCACGUCUGAAGCAUUUUGGACCUGGUCCUUCAGGCGAGCCCAGCGUUCUUGUGCGCUCCGCGUACGCAUCAUGUCUCGCUUCGUUGGCAUUGUCUGCUGAAAGAGUUCUCGAUAUGGUCCACGCCAUCCGAGCCGACGGACGUCUGUCCGCAUUGCGAGAAGAUGAACUGGCACCCCAGCAGUCGUACAACGCCCUGUAUGACUUUGGUCGGCGCGAAAUUGUCCCGCAUUUUGAGGAGUCGACCGUUGCUUUGAUAACAGAUCCGGAAGCGUCUGUAAGAAGAGCUUUGCUGGGUUCGGCAUCUCGACUAUGCGUCUUUUUCGGCAGUGAGAAGUCCAGUGACGUGAUACUGACCCACCUAAACACAUAUCUGAAUGACAAGGACUGGAUAUUGAGGUGUUCCUUCUUCGAGGCCCUCGUUGGAAUCGCCUCCUAUAUUGGAGCCACGAGUCUAGAAAAGUUCAUAUUGCCGGUAAUGGUUGGCUCUUUAACUGACCCCGAGAACUUUGUCGUGGAAAAAGUCUUCCGAGCCUUAGCCCGGAUGGCUGCAUUAGGUCUACUGCAGAAGAGUACAACUUGGGAACUUGUCGGCAUCGCUGCAAGGUUUUCGGUUCAUCCCAGCAUUUGGGUGCGGGAGAGUGCUAUACAGUUUAUUGUCUUGUCUGCCAGAUACAUCCCAGCAGCAGAUCAAUACUGCAUCGUCCUCCCUCUCAUCCAGCCAUUCUUGAAAGGACCAAUCUCUGCUCUGACGGAAGAGCGAAUAUUAGAUAACCUGAAACGGCCGUUGCCAAAGAUCGUGUUUGAUUCGGCCACCAACUGGGCAGCGAGAAAGGGAAACAGCUUGUUCUGGACAGCCGCAAGCCGAGAUGGUGGAUUGACGUUGUCUGAUCCUACAACACCGCAAAAUCCGUCAGCACUCACCAAGCGACUGUUGACCAGGAUUCCUCCCUCACAGAAAGACAAAGAUGACCAAAUAUCUCUCGAGAGUCUGCGAAACCUCGGAAUGACUGCAGAUGACGAGAUCAAGCUUCUUGCGCUCCGCGAGUACAUAUUGAAAAUUGCCAGGCACAAACCAUCUGAGGACACAGACGAAAGGAACCGCAUGCUGAAUAAUAUCAUCGCUCUGAAUCAGAUCGAUGUUGCUCCGCAGAACGUCUUCUUUGAUUCGCGUCAGCCGAUCAGAGAGAACACGACUGGACCUAGGAGGGCACAGAAAAGAACACGAAUGGACGAGAGACAUAGUCUGGCGGAUGCUCUUUUGGACGCAUCAACCAGCAUUGACGACCCUAUGUCGAGACGGAUUUCGUCCGCAGAGCAGUCCAGCGGAACAGCAACACCGGCUACCAGACCCAUGGACAUCCAAAAUCGCAAACCCUCGGAAAUGAGACCUAAUGGCACACCUACAAUAGCUGUGGAAAGGGCGAGUGUAUCCUCCAGGCCAAGCGUCUCAAAUGGAGGGACUUCCAUGAAUGGAGACAGACUUUCUCUGCGCCGCAACACCUCGCUCGAACUCAGACAUCGAAACAGCGGUUUGAACUUGAUGAACCGAGCGGACUCUGCAAAGGCAGACGCCGAGAUUUCCACCAUCUCGGAGAACGCGUUUGGCAAGGUCGAGAUUGACGGCCAAUUGCAUCGACGCAGCACUGCGGGUCCCUCAGCGUUGUCAGUGACAGCAAACGUGGCCGCAAAGUCCAGAUCCGUUUCACCUCGUGGCAGCGGGGCGAGGACGCCGCUCUACGAGCCCAACCAUUCAUAUCAAGGGAAUGAUGCCAAUGUUUUACGACUGCUGGACAAUCACUUCUUGGAAAACUUCCCCAUAGAUCAAAUGGACUUUGGCGGGAAUCGACCUCCCGCAGACAGCAGAACACCCAUUCGGAGAGCUACCGACGUCUUACAACAGAGCGGCGGAAAAGCGGCGCAGCAGGAAGAGAGAUUUCGCAGCGAACCAUGGCGCCCUUCGGGCCAGUUGCUGACUCAAUUUUCGGAGCACACGGCUGCCAUCAAUCGAGUGUGUGCGGCACCUGAUCAUGCCUUUUUUGUGACAGCAUCAGAUGAUGGGACCUGCAAGAUCUGGGAUACGAUCAGGCUAGAAAAGAAUGUCACGGCCCGUUCGAGGUAUACACAUCGACGCGCCGAGGGAGUGAAAGUCAAGAGUCUCUGCUUCAUCGAGGAGACGCACACCUUUCUCAGCGGCGCGGACGAUGGGAGCAUUCAUGCUCUUCGAGUCGACUAUCGAAGUGUCGAAGGUGGUGAGACUUCCCGAUAUGGCAGACCGAGUCUCGUGCGGGACUACCUGAUACCAACUAACCGAGCUGUGAACGAUGUCAGUGGUCCCGAUGGUAGUGCUGCUGGUCCGGCAGAAUACGCCGUUUGGCUUCAUCACUAUCGCACUCCAAAUUCCCAAUCUAUCUUACUGGCAGCGACCAACAGAUGUCGUAUUCUCGUGAUUGACAUGAAGAACAUGGAGAUCCUCCACAGCAUGAACAACCCGGUACAUCAUGGUACACCAACUACAUUCUGUGUCGACAGAAAGCACCAUUGGUUGCUCUUGGGGACGAGCCACGGAAUUUUAGACCUGUGGGACUUGCGGUUCAAGUUGCAUUUGCGUAGUUUUGGCAUCCAAACCGACUCUCGAAUAGAUCGGCUCCUGAUCCAUCCCGCCAAAGGGCACGGGAGAUGGGUUCUGGUGAGCGCCGGGGGCGAGAUCAGUGCCUGGGACAUUGAAAAGAUGGUCUGCCGCGAAGUUUUACGACCAAGCACAUUCACUCCGAAAAGUGGGCACAGCCGGCCGUAUGAAGCGUGGUCUCCAGACGAGGAGAGCAGCGAAAAGAUCCUGUCGCGGUUUGCGCAGGAGGUGUCUGAGAACGACAGCCUGAUCGGACCGCAAUUCCACCGGUCUUCGACCCCCAAUGAAGUGUCCGACGGGUCACCUGUGAAGAGAUCAGCUCCAUCGUCGUCCAGCGCCGGCUCGGCUUCAACCUUUCCGAUUCUUGCAAUGUACAUCUUCACCGACUACACCCAGAGCUCGAACCCUGACAACCCCAACAAGCACUCGAUCCUUUUGACCGGCGGUGUUGAUCGAGCCUUGCGGUACUGGGACAUUGGCAGACCGGAGAACAGCUUCAUUGUCUCUGGGCCGCAAUUGCACGAUGCAAGUGAGGACGGCUAUGUGUCUGCUGCGAGUAUCAAGUCUAAAUACAAAUACGAAGUCUCGCAUCCGUUGAGCCUGAGCGCUGGGGCGCAGAUUUUGCUUGUACAGGAAAAGGUCAACGGCAGCGAGGAGGGCACAACGUCGGGACAGACGCCGAGAAAGACAUCGUCUUACACCCGUGCUUCGAGAGAUGCCACGUCAAGUCCUACGAAAAGAUCAAAUACACCUACACCAAACGCUACGACAAGCAGUCAGCCUGGCACGCCGAACGUGCACCGAAGCUCCGGGGCGAACGCUGCGUCUGGCUCUGGCUCUGCGCCUUCGACCCCUCAAGCAAUCAAGCCCCCUCGUAACACAAUCAUCAGCGCGGCACAGCAGCAAUUGCUCCGAACGCAUUUGGACUCCAUCACGGACGUGGUCAUGUUGAGAAGACCGUAUGGGUGCGUGGUCAGUGUGGACCGAGGUGGGAACAUUUUCAUAUUCCAUUAG